ACUCGUUAAAUCUUCUUAGAACGCAUCUACGAUGAUUAAACAAAGUCUUCCUGUGAUGGUGGUUCUAUCAGAAUGAGUGUGUUUUGUUGAACCCAGGUGAAGGAGGUGGGUCUGCUAGUGCAGAACUGCAGCUGCUUGGCUCAGGAUGUCCAUCGGAUCUUUGGUGUUUACUGGAGUGUGGGCGGUUUGAACAACGGUUCUCUACCACCGUACUGGCCUGCUCGACUCACUGCUCUGUCCAGUGCUGAAAAUCCUUUACAUCUGAAGUUCAAUGGAGUCCCUGCUCAGGUCUACCUGUCUAGUGCCCCUCCACAAAUCUCAGCCCGAGGCCGCUCUGAUGAUCUUUCCACGAUCUUAUCCAUCAUCAGUGAUGCCCAGAAGUUCAUUUACAUCUCUGUCAUGGACUACCUUCCUCUGUCUCAGUUCACACAGCCAAUCAGGUUCUGGCCCACCAUUGACUCAAACCUCCGAGCUGCAGCCUGCACCAGAGGAGUUGAGGUCAAACUGAUGGUGAGCUGCUGGAAACACUCACCUGCUGCCAUGUUCACCUUCCUGCAGUCCCUGCUGGUGCUCAGCAGGCCUCCUCUGAAGUGCAACAUUGAAGUGAAAAUCUUCACGGUGCCUUCAACAGCAGAGCAGAUGAAGAUCCCUUUUGCACGAGUCAAUCAUGCCAAGUACAUGGUGACAGACAGAGUGGUCUAUAUAGGAACGUCCAACUGGUCAGAGAACUACUUCACCAACACUGCUGGUGUGGGUUUGGUGGUGAACCAGACGGACUCUGUGGUGGAAAAAGGCCAGCAGACUCUGCAGAGGCAAGCAGAGGAUCUGUUCCUCAGAGACUGGAGGUCCUCAUACUCCAGCUGGCUUUCUGUGGACGAUGUGGACGUCUGUCCUCUCAGCCCACACUGACGGUUUGUGGAUCAUUAAAGUGCUUUGCAUCGCUGAUGGGCUUCUUGCUUUCUCCUGCUACUUGAACUUAUUCUUAUCUAAAUGGGAUCAGCUCACUGUGACUGAUCAGUUUAUUUUAUUGCUGUUCACCGGCUGUCUGCCUUUUUCUGUAUAUAAUUGCAUUUUUGAAUUUGAUUUUGAAACCUGUUAUUUUUAUACUCUUUGAUGUUCUGACUCUUUUCUCACAAACUGAGCUGCAAGGCUUUGUACAAUUUCUUUUAUGCCUGGAGCAUUUUGCAUAUCUGCCCUUAAAGUGUUGGUGCCAAGCUUUAACAGUCUCCUGCAGGAAAUCAAACAUUUCCAAAGAGGUGCAGACACCAGCGCCGUGUUAUAUUGCAGUCUGUCAUCCUGUAACGUUUGUGUGUAACAUUUAAUGUAGCAGGACAAGAUUGUUGUAAAUACUCCAGUUUUCCCUUUCUGACUGACAGCUGGCUCACAGGGAUCCACUUUGAAGGCUUUCCACUACAGAAAGAGAAGAACUUUGUCUGUUGUUGUUUCCUCGUCUUGUAUCUGUUUUCCUGUAUUGAUCGAUACUGUAGCACUUCCUGAAUCAGUCCAUUGCCAGGGUUUUCUGUUGUAUGUUUGAGAUCCUACUCGUGUCAUCAGCAGACAUGCUGAGGCUUUUCAGACUGUUGCACUGUUGGGCUAAAGGUCCUCCUGGUUAUGGGUGGAUGGAGGAACAUUUCAUUUGAUCACUGACAAUCAAGUGUCAAUAAAAUCUUCUCCCCCAUUGGUGA